AUGCGGGCCCCGGGCGCGCCUCUCGCCCGCACCUCGCGGCUGCUGCUUCUGCUCCUGCUUCUGCUCCUGCUCAAGGUGUCUGCCUCUCCUGCCCUCGGGUCCGCCCCUGCGCUCAGAAACAAAACUUGUCUGGGGGAAAGCUGUUCAUCUACACUGAACCAGCUUCGCAGCAGGGACGCUUGGGGACCGGAUAAUUCUGCAGGAGACCUGCUAACGCGUGAGCCCAGGGAGGGGGAGCAGGAAGCAGCGGUACGUGCGGCGCCCUCGUGGGACCUACUCGCGGCCCGGGGCGGUGACCCUGGUGCUGGCAGAGGGGCGGAGGCGUCGGCCGCGGAGCCCUCGGGACCUCCAGCCAGGCCACCUGGCGCCUGGAGGUGGAAACGUGCCUGGGACCAGGAGCCCCCUGGAACUUUGGGGAGAGGGGACCCCACGGCUCUCCAACUCUUCCUUCAGACCUUAGAGGAAAAGGAGAAGGGUCCGAGAGGCGCUGGCAUUUCCGGGCGCAGCCAAGAGCCGAGUGUGAAGACGGAACCCGGAGCCAGCGACCUUUAUUACUGGCCAAGGAGAACUGGGAAACACCAGGGUUCCCCCCACGACUCCCCACCCAAGACGGUCGGUGGACCUUCGAGACACGAAGGGCGGAUGAUUGCACCCCCCGGCAGGGCGCUGGCCCACAAUGGGUCCUCGGAUGAAGGGGUCAAUGAACGCGGGGAUCCCCGCCGGGGAAACAGCACGAACAGGCGCUUGCGACUGAAGAACCCCUUCUACCCGCUGACCCAGGAGUCUUACGGAGCCUAUGCGGUCAUGUGUUUGUCGGUGGUGAUCUUUGGAACUGGCAUCAUUGGCAACCUGGCGGUGAUGUGCAUAGUGUGUCAUAACUACUACAUGCGGAGCAUCUCCAACUCCCUCUUGGCCAACCUGGCCUUCUGGGACUUUCUCAUCAUCUUCUUUUGCCUUCCACUCGUCAUCUUUCACGAGCUGACGAAGAAGUGGCUACUGGAGGACUUCUCCUGCAAGAUUGUGCCCUACAUCGAGGUUGCUUCUCUCGGAGUCACGACCUUCACCUUAUGUGCUCUGUGUAUAGACCGCUUCCGUGCUGCUACGAAUGUACAAAUGUACUAUGAGAUGAUCGAAAACUGUUCUUCCACAACUGCCAAACUUGCUGUCAUAUGGGUUGGUGCUCUCCUGUUGGCGCUUCCAGAAGUUGUUCUUCGCCAGCUGAGCAAGGAGGAUUUGGGCUUCAGCGGCCGAGCUCCUGCGGAGCGCUGCGUGAUAAAGAUCUCUCCUGAUUUGCCAGACACCAUCUACGUUUUAGCCCUCACCUAUGACAGUGCGAGGCUCUGGUGGUAUUUUGGCUGUUACUUCUGUUUGCCCACACUUUUCACCAUCACCUGCUCCUUAGUGACUGCAAGGAAAAUCCGCAAAGCAGAGAAAACUUGUAGCCGAGGGAAUAAGCGGCAGAUUCAGCUAGAAAGCCAGAUGAACUGCACAGUGGUGGCGUUGACCAUUUUAUAUGGCUUUUGCAUUAUUCCUGAAAACAUCUGCAACAUUGUUACCGCCUACAUGGCCACAGGGGUUUCCCAGCAGACAGUGGACCUUCUCAAUAUCAUCAGCCAGUUCCUGUUGUUCUUUAAGUCCUGCGUCACGCCGGUCCUCCUGUUCUGUCUGUGCAAGCCCUUCAGUCGGGCCUUCAUGGAAUGCUGCUGCUGUUGCUGUGAUGAGUGCAUUCAGAAGUCAUCAACAGCGACCAGCGAUGACAAUGACAAUGAAUACACCACAGAGCUGGAGCUCUCACCUUUUAGUACCAUACGCCGUGAAAUGUCCACUUUUGCUUCUGUCGGAACUCAUUGCUGAAGGACGUUUGGUUUCGUUAGAUUUUUGUUUGUUUGUUUGAUUUUCAUACCCUGUGAAAGUUUUUACUUUGUAUUUUUCCUUACUGGGAAAUAAAUGCAAAAAAAGAGAGAGGAAUAUUAACUACUGUAGGACUGAUUUUGCAAAUUAAUAUUUGUGCUUUGAAAAAAAUGUUUAGUUAUUUAAGUAUGAGGAAGCCAAUAGUUUUAGAUUCUUUUAUCUGGUAUGGUGCUAAUAUUUUAUUUGAAAAAAGUUACAGCACCUUAAUUAAUUGCUAACUUUCUUUCUUUUCAAAAUGUAAUCACUGUAUAUUGAUUAUAGCCAUGUGAUUUUGUAGGUUAUUUUAUGUUUGAGUUGUGAUUGAAAGUAUAUUGUAUAUAGUAUCAUGAGAUGAUUUGUAGAUAAAA